CCGAUGGAGGUCGGGCACUAGGCCGUGAGCCGCGGGCUCGAGUUGCUGCGAUUUUGGUGGCGGGUGACACAGAGGCGGCCUGUUGGUCCUGGAGCAGCCUCCAUGUGUUGUCGGGGCAGCGAGCGGGACCUGCAGAGCUCGGCCCGGAGAAUGGGCGCCUCGCUCCUGCUGCAGCUGUCGGCCCAUGAGCGGGAGCUGGACCUGGUUUUCCUGGAUCACAGCUACGCCAAACCGUGGAGCGCACACCCCGAGGCCAGCAGCUCCAGGCCGGCACGGCUUCUCUUCGUGACCCCGCGGAGGCAGCAGGACAGCAGCAGUGAUUGUGACGUGACUGUUGAUGUGGAGACAGUAAUUCCAACACCAACCCCCCUCUAUGAUAACCAGAAGGCUCGGAGUGUGAUGAACGAAUGUGAGCGUCAUGUCAUCUUUGCAAGGACAGACACAGAUGCCCCUUUGCCACCUGAUGACUGGGAGGAUCACAUUAACAGGUUGGGAUGGACUGCAACUCAGAACAAAUUGUUCAACAAGGUCGUGAAAGCAUUGUAUUCAGAUCGGUUGGCAAGACUGGCGAAUGAGGGGGCCAGUAAUGAACCAGUAUUGCGGAGGAUCGCGGUGGAUAAAUGUGCCCGACGUGUUCGACAGGCCCUCGCCUCUGUCAACUGGGACACCAAGUUGACACAAUGGCUGCACACAACGCUGGUGGAAACCCUAAGCCUGCCCAUGCUGGCUGCAUACUUAGAUGUGCUUCAGACCUUAAAAUGCAAGGUUCCAACAUUAAUUGAUAAAAUGAUCAUUUCCUCCACCACUAAGUCAGGAGCUGCUGGGGCGGAAGCCCUGUCCCUACUGUUGAAGCGACCAUGGGAUCCUGCAGUAGGAGUGCUUUCCCAUAACAAACCGAGUAAGAUCCCAGGUUCUCCAUUGCUGCUCGUCACUCCGAGUGGACCCGUGAACAACAUGACAUCUGCAUCACGCAGGAACCGGUUUUGGUUAUCUCAGCUGUCCUGUUUGGGAAAGGUUAUACCUGUCACCAUGCACGUUGUAAAUGGGGGUUCAGGAGUGAGUGUGGUGCAAUGUCUGGAGCACAUGAUUGGAGUGGUCCGAGCCAAGAUCCUGGAGUUGCAGACUCACUUUGCAAGCAGACCAAUUGUACUGAUCGGUUGGAAUGUUGGAGCCAUCGUUGCUUGCCAUGUCUCGAUGAUGGAAUUUGUCUCAGCUGUUGUCUGCCUUGGAUUUCCUCUGCUCACUGUGGAAGGACCAAGAGGAGAUGUCGAUGACCCGUUACUGGAUAUGAAGACACCUGUCUUAUUUGUGAUGGGACAGAACUCAGUGCAAUGCAACACUGAUGCCGUUGAGGAUUUCCGGGAGAAGAUUCGAGCUGAAAACAGUUUGGUGAUAGUCGGAGGCGCAGAUGACAAUCUCAGGAUUAACAAAGCAAAGAAGAAGAUGGAGGGUCUGACGCAGAGCAUGGUGGACAGAUGUAUACAGGAUGAAAUUGGUGAUUUUCUGACUGGUGUUCUAACCAAGAAUGAAGCACAGUCAGGGACUGACGUCAAAGAUGUGGAUGCAGACAAGAAGAGGCGCUGUCGGGAUGCUCGGAGGGACCUGGCCUUUGAGCUUCCAGAGAGAAGUAGCCGUCCCACAUCUCCUUUUAGUCGAGUGCCAGCUUCUCCUUCUGGUUCUGAGGGCACCUCCAGCGUGUCAAGCAGUCCCAAUUCCAGUCCAAAGACAAAGAGCUCCACCUUGUCGCCUGCCCAGAAGGCCAGCCUGAUCACAGCUACUGCCACUGCUGCCAGCCAGUCACCCAGCCUUUCUGCUCAGUUCACCCAGAUCCUCAAACAGCACAUGCAGCGGACUGGCACGGUGUUGACUCAGAAACAAGCUCAAGCUCAGUUUGCUGCUUUUCUGAAACAAAACAUGCUGGUGAGGAAGAAUUUGACUCCAGCCAGCUCCUCCUGUGUCUUUGUUCCAUUGUCCUCGGAGCAGCAAGAGCUAGCAGAGCCGGAGGACGUAAAGAGCCAACUGAAAAGACGGCAGCCAUCGAGCCCAACUCAAGUGGUCUCCAAGCCAGCAAAAAGAGCCAAAAUCAAAGUGACCAUACUUUCGCAAGGAGAGCCAUCAGCUACCACCAUGCCUUUCACAGGUGCCAAGGAAGGUGGGGCAGGGAAACCUUUAACGUUGUCAUUGAGCCAGCCAGGAUCUAGUAGCAAGGAACCGGCUGGAACUGUCACAGGUCCGAGAUCGAAUGUGGACGUGUUCUCCACUUGUCCGAGUACAAUAACCUCACCUGCUCCAGCCGUCAGCACCACAGCCAGUGCCUUCCAUACUAUCCAGGCCAGAUUGGUCACCCCACCAGGUUCCAAUACUUCACAGCAACCGGUUCAUUCUGCACCGAACACAGCAUCAGGGACACAGUCGGCAAGUAGCCUGCUCCAAGGAUUGAGCUUCAGUCUGCAGGACAUUGGAACAAAAACUUCAAGCCUGUCAUCUGCCAGCCCUGGCCAGGCUCCAAAUGUGAAGAGUUCAAACUCCACCCUGGGCCAUGUAACUGUGGCAGCAAAUUCUGUUGUCCGCGCAUCGCCUGCACCAGGAUUCCUGGGUGGGAACGGGAGCAACAAAUCUGCCACUAUCCACCACCUGCUGAGCAAUGGAGGAUUGUCCAAACUGACAAGCAGCUCGUCCACCCUGUCAGGUGUGAAGCCUCCAACCACGAUCACUGUGACCCUGAGGACCCAGGGCAACCGAGUGUCAUCCCUAAGUCAACCCAGUACCGCCAAUGCCAUGCCCAGCUUAUGUAGCACGGUGGGUAGCCAGGUUCUCAAGCUCGACGAAAUUGAUCAAGAGGGCAAAAUGCAGGCGGCACAGAAUCAGCAGUGCUGUGAGUCUAUGUUAUCGGUCCCGAGCUCCCAAGGCAUGAGCACAAUCAAACAGACCAGUGCAUCGGGAGAUGUCAGCAAAGGUCAUUCCCCUGUUGAAAUUGCUUCAGUGGAGAAGAUUCCAGAGUCCCAGUCUUCAGCUGCAGUUGUAGUGACUACGAGUCCAACAAAAACUCUUUACGUGAUGUCUGAUGCCAAGAUGUCUGCCCUCACCAAGUCUAUCGUAAGUCCAGCCGAAGCCUGCCCUCUGAAAUUGUCGGGGACCUCUUCAUUGACUGCAGCUGGCCCGAUCGUGGCUCCCUCCACCUGUACGGCGAUGCUUUCUAAAGUGGGGCCUGUCCUACAGAGUACUUCAAAGAGCGUCAUCCUCAGCCCUAAGGGUGAAGUAUCAUCUGCAACAGCUGGGGAAAGAUUUGGCCAUGCUUCACCUGUCUCUGUGCUCAGUACCAGCGAGACCCUUGGCAAGAUGCCUUCAGUGAUGGAUCAAGGGAGCACCAUUAUCCAUACUACAGAAAUGACCCAGCCCUCCAGUAAACUGUCACCAGGCACACAACAAGGGCCCUGCAGUUAACUUAAACUGCCACUCGUUCACUCAGUGAUCAAUGACCUAUUUACACAGAGGACAGUUGAUUUUUCUUUGCUCGUUAUGAUAUAAAAUGCAUUGUUUUCAGUGUUUGUAACACUUCUCUUCUUUGGAAAAAGGUAAAGUUACAUUUCUCUUCUGCAGUAUUCUCACGGUUGCAGUUAUUAGACUGAGGCACAUGUUGAAAUACUUGCUCCACCCCAUUGACCCAUGUGUUUCAGCACUCUUAUGAUGACAAAUAAAAGUGAAGAAACAGCUGUGACAGGUAAA